AAAGAAGCAAUAUCAUUCUGUUUGAGAAAAAAAGAUCAUUUCUGAUUCAACAUGAUAAGAAAUUAUCCCAAGGGCCGAGCUAAAAAUCUAGCUGUUACUGCAGUUGCUUUACAAGAUCACAUUUUACAUCAUCUUCAACUCGAACCACUUUCAAGAGAUCUUUAUAAAACAAAGAAACAGAAAAAGGAUAAUAAAUACAAAUCUCCAAAAAAAGAUAUAAAAGCAGUAGUAGAUACUGGACUGAAAAAGCGAGCUCCACCAACCCAUAAAGAAGAAGAGUCAGAAAAAGAAUAUGUUCUCGAUCCAGUUCCUCCACCACUCACUCUAGCACAAAAGUUGGGUUUGACUGAAUGCCCUCCAUUGCCACUAUCAACAGAAGAAUGGGAAAAAGUGAAGGAGAGGUCCAUAAAACAAGGGGAUUCUAUGCAUCCAUGUUCAAUAUGUAGAGAAGAAUUUGAACUCCAGUCACAAGUGCUGCUUUCAUGUUCCCAUGUAUUUCACAAAGCAUGUCUCCAGGCUUUUGAGAAGUUCACAGGUAAAAAAACUUGCCCUCUGUGUAGAAAGCAGCAGUACCAGACUAGAGUGAUACAUGAUGGAGCUCGGCUUUUUAAAGUAAAAUGUGCAACAAGAAUACAGGCCUAUUGGAGAGGAUACAUUGUUCGAAAGUGGUACAGAAAGCUGAGGCGAACCAAACCUCCCCAAAAUGACAAACUAAGAAGAAAAUUCUAUGAAGAAAAGUUCACCGAAAUCAGCAACAGGAUACUGGCUUCAUUUCAGACGAACAUAGACGAGCUCUUCUCAGAAAUCGAUUACUGCAUCGCUUCCAACAGAAGCAUCCUUCAGCAGUACGAAGAGCGGUGCAGCCGGAAAAUUACCGAGGAGGACUGGGAGAGAAUACAAGUGCAGGCAUUUCACCAAGAGAUAUCUGAUUGUUCCAUUUGCCUUACACCGCUCUCUUUGAGCAAUCGUCUUCAAUCUGUGUUCCCAGAAAAAACUGAUAAUCAUCAUUCCCGGGAGACAGUUCUGUUGUCUUGUUCACACAUGUUUCAUCAUAAUUGUCUUCUGGCUUUAGAGGAGUUUUCCUUAGGAGAAAUAUAUACUUGUCCCUUAUGCCGCUCCAGCUAUCAGAAGAGAAUUCUUGAAUGUUAA